AUGACAGACGGAGUAACGGCCCCAGCAGAACGGCCCGCGGCUGACGGCGCGCGCCGCGUGGACAAGAAGGCCGGGCGCCGGCGCAAGCGCGAGCGCUGCCAGUUCGGCAAGUGCGUGAGCAGUGCACUCAAGUUCAUCGGCGAGUGUCAGUUCUGUGACGGCCAGUUCUGUUCGCGCCACCGGCUGAUGGAAAACCAUACGUGCCGCGGGCUCCGCACGUGCAAGGAGCAUAUGCGCCGGCGCAACGCAGACAAGUUGGCUCAGGAGCAAACUGUGGUGGCGAAGAUUCAGAUCUAG